CGUGUGUGUGUGAGAGAGUGAGUGUGAGUGUGUGCGAGUGUGUGCGGUGCGUGCUCCUGCGCGUGUGCAUGUCAACGUACAGUGCAAGACGAGAGAGAGACGGCAAGAAAGGGAGAGAAGGAGAGGGGCAGAAAAAGGAGCCGCAUCGCUGGAUGCUGUAGGGUUUCGCAGAUCAGAUGGUCUUAAUACCCAGCCCGCACAGGAAAUCGAGGCCCCGCGUAUAGUUCUGACCGCUGCCGGAAAGAAAUGGACAGCGUAAAAGAACAACAAUGAAAACCCGAACGCACAAAGAAUCGAUGCCCAUGCGCAGUGGGCGGAGGCGGGGGGGCAGCGAGGAGAGGAGGGGCAGGCGUCCUCAUCCCAGCCCCUCUCGUGCUGAACGAAGUGACAGGCAGCAAAGAGCUGCAGGAGAGGAAUUAGCGGUCGGGCGUGUCAAUCGCAGAUCCCAAGGCCAUGACUCGUCGGAGAGCGAGGGCGAGGGACUCGUGCCUCCACCCAAGAGACAAAAAGUGCAGGACACCACCGCGUCGAAUCCCCCGACGUCGACUCAUCCGAUCGACACAUCUGCCACCGUCCCGCCGCCACCCUCUGGUACCAGCCAAUCACGAGAGAGCGAUAAUGAAGAUGGCCAGUCACAAGGCAGCAGGAGCUCAGUUAAUGGGAGCUUAGCGAACAGCAGCAGCAGUUUGAGCAGUGGGCGGGACAUUGACCAGGACAACCGUUCGUCCUCUCCCAGUCUCUCAGCCUCCCCUCUGGCCAGUCUGGACUCUGAAUCUGACUCCCCUGAUUCACCGAAGCAGGGAGAGAGGGACAGGGACAGGGGGAGGGAGGUGGCUCCCAUCAGAUCCGGAGGAGAUGACAGGAGAACCGCAGGGAGGGCAGAGGAGUCGGGAGUUGGGGACAGGAGAGAUGGAGAUGGCGGCAUGGAGGAGAACCCCGUUCUGAAGCCUUCCUCCUCUCUGGCUCCUUCUCUUCGAGGCGCGGCCGAUCCGGCGGGUGACGGCAGCGCCAGCAGAAAAGCCUACUUUCCUCUGGAGUCCAAACUUUUGAACAAGAUGGACUAUGCGGGACCUGCAAACACUGACAUCGCACUCGGUGCUCAUCGAGUUAACUCCAAAGCUAAUCCUCAGUGUUUAUCCAAGGGUGAAGUGGGUGGGGCUGACUACUCUCAUACCAACCCCAGUACCCCUCAUACUCCAUCCCUCCCCCCACCCCCUGCUUUGAAGCCUUUGGAACUGGGCCAGAAUUUGCAGAUAGACCCCAAGGCGGACAAACUGGAGAAGCCUGACAAAUUGGCUGACAAAAAUGCUCCCUCGUCCCUGCUACCCCAAACCGCUCUACCCCAACCACCGCCCCCUCCCCACCCCCAUCACUAUAGCCCAACUGGAUGGGGAGGGCCUACUUCCAGUUGUCCGGGGAGCUGGGGCUAUUCCCGUUACCCCGGUAACCACCCUUCGCACCAGCAGCCACCUCCAAUGCAACAGCAACAACUGCCCUCUGUCUACAACCUUCCUUCGUCUCGCCAUUCCUCUCAUCCUGCAUAUCUGCCCCACCCCCACCCGCACAGAGAGUACCUCCCCAGGUACGGAGGUGGGGACAGGGAGAGGGGAGUGGAAAGAGAGAGAGGCCUACGGGAAUUUGGAGGAAGGGAGAUCAGCAGAGAAUUCUCCGUCAGCAUCAGUGGCGGAGGAGCAAGUAUGAGUAGCAGUAGCAAUAUUGGCGGCGGCGGCGUAGGGACUCCAAACGGGAGUCAAGGAAGGGACUUCGGGAACAUGCCGAUGGCUCAGAGCCGAGAGUAUUCGGGACUGGGCUCGCAGGGGUCCGGUCGCGAGGGGUCUGGGUCGAGCGCUCGUGAAUUUGGGUCAAGUUUCCCAUCCAGGGAAAGGGACAGAGAAAGAGAGAGAGAUGCCGGGAGAGAAUUUUUGCCAAACCAAAACCAGCCGCAGACACGUGACUUUGGCUCCGGUGGAGGUGGGCACCUCCGGGAGAAGGAAGGCAGGUGGGGCGAGUUUCCGGGGCAGCUGCGAGAGACGGGUGGAAACUCCAACCCCAACAGUAACAGCGCUGCACCUGGAAAUGCUCCGGCUUCAUCAGGUGGGUUACCGGUAACCCCGCACCUGAAUCGAGAUCCCCCCGCUUCGCCCCAAAGUAGUAACCCCAACCAUCCUCCCCCACCCUCCCUCGCACCCCUCUCUGAGCCGCAAACCCCAACAAGCAGAGACUACCCAUCGUCCAUGGACUUCGCUCUUCAGCAGCAGCAACAGCAGCAGCAACAAAUAGCUGCCUCUCAAACCUCCUCCACGUCUGGUUCCGACUCUCUCGCGCCUCACUUCUUGCGAGAAUACCCUCCCGCUGGGACAAAGGAGUACCCCGCCACCCUGCCGCCAACCUCUGCUCCCCUCCCAAAUGCAUCUAGAGACUAUCCUAGUCCCCCGAGCACGGCUGUCAACCUAGGUAGGGAUUAUUCUGGAAGCUCACAGCUGUCCCAUUCUCACCCCCACUACCCAGGUCAGACGGCCGCAACGCAGUCUCGAGAAAGAGAGCGGGAAAGGGAGAGCUCCUCAUCUGCGCUCUACCCCAACCGCAGUGGCCCCCAACCCCCAACUCUCUCUCCUUCCUCCGCUCAUCCCCGUCCUCCCUCGGCACCCUACCCUCCACCUCCUCCGCCGCCUUUACCGCCGUCUUCUUCCCUCGCACAGCCGCUCCCACCAUCUAAUCUCAGCGGCAGCCACGCGCGCCCAGGGCCGUAUUCAUCCUCCGGUCAAACCAUAACUCCGCCGGUACCCCUUUCGCCCCUCCCCAGCCCUUCCACCAAUCAGAUGCCAGGAUUCCCUCCCUUUCCAUCAGCCUCCUCUUCUGCUGCAAACAUUCCACUUCCUGCAUCAGGCACCACAACCAGUUGUUCUCCGGGCUGUAGACCCUCCCCUUACCUUGGCCACAGCCCUUUCAGCACCUCAUACCAGAAUAGCGGUAACGGUGCGAGCAGCGUGGUGAAUAACAGCAGCAGUAGCGGUAGCACAAGUAGUAACAGCAGUAAAAACGGCAGUAGCGGCGCUCACUCGCACUCCCUCUCACCUCAAAGCGCCGCAAACACAUCGAAGGCUCUCCCACCCCUAGGAGACACUGGCGGCGGAGUUUCAGUGCCUCCCCCCAGUGCUCCCCAUCCUGGAGAUGGGCACUCCGAUUCUUCUACGGGUGGCCCGCCCGCGCCCGUCAUCAAGGAAGAGCCCGUGGAGGAGCGGGAGGAGGCCGAGAGCCCGUCUCCGGUGCUGAGAAGCCCCUCGCCCGACCCCAAGCCAGUGGAUAUCCCGAUCCAUGCCAGCCAGUCGGCACGGUUCCACAGGGUUCUGGACCGAGGCAGCGGGAACUCCUGCGCCCGCAGCGAUGUGCUCUUCGUCCCGCUGGACGGCUCCAAGCUGUGGAAGAAGAGGAACGAGGCCAUCGAGCGUGCCCGGAGGGAGGUGGAGCAGAGAGCCAGGGACCUGAGGGAGAAGGAGCGCGAGAGGGAGCGCGAGCGCGAGCGGGAAAGAGACCUGGAGAGGCACCUGCAGAAGGAGAGUAAUAGUAGCACCAGCGGAGCAGUGGGUGGAGGGCGCUCUGCCUCCUCUCUCUUUUUCCCGACAUCAUCCUCCAUCCUUCUAGAUCCUUCUUCAUCCUCCUCAUCCUCCAGCAAUCCCGCAGCCCAUCCUUCCGCUCACCCUCACCACCACCCAGCCCACCACCCAGCGAGUUCCCACACCCUGCACCCCACCCAUCCGCUGCACCCCUCGCUCACCCACUCUCUGCCUCACUCGCUGCUCCUGCCCUCCAUGGGUAGUGCCUCAGCAGUGAUGGGCACCCCCCAGGGGCACCUGGGAGUCGGUUUGGGCGGCCCAUACCUUGGUCCCGACACACCAGCGUUGAGGACACUCAGCGAAUACGCCCGCCCCCACGCCAUGUCGCCCCUUGGCGCCGCUAGUCGGGCUCAGGCCCACCACCCCCAUCUGCACCCCCACGCGCACCCUCACGCCCACCCCCAUGUUCACCCGUCCUUCUUCCUGCCCCAGUUCCAGAACCCAGCCCUGGGCCACCCGCAUCCCUUACCCGCCGAUGCUGCCACUGCUGCUGCCAUUCUGGGCUUCCUGUAUGGUGGUGGCUUAGAAGGGGGUCCAGGGGUUGGGGCUCACGGCGGACCUGGGCCAGGGCCAGGGGGGAUGGGCGCGGGCCUUGGCGGGGUGGGGUUUCCUCACGCUAUGGCACAUCGGGACCGUGUAAAAACGGGGUUCGAGUUUAAAAGCGAGGAGCGGGUGUACCAGGCUAGCGCUAUCGCUGACCCGGCGCUGUCCCUCUCCCACUCCCACUCCCACUCCCACGCUCACUCCCUGCUCCUUGGCGGAGGUGGGGCAGCAGCUGGGGAGGUGUCUUUGUAUGGCACACCGCCUCCACCAGCGCCACCCCCGCCACAUGUCCAGAACUCCGCCUUAGCUCAAAGCAGUCGCAACCCUAACCCCGCCCCCCAGUCAAUUUCAGCCCCGCCUCCCUCCUCUCUCCUGCCUCCUUCUAUUCCUAACCACCCCACCCCCGCAGUAGCUCCUGCUCCCCCUGCUGCUGCUCCACCACCUCCGCCAGCAUCGAAUCCGGUCCCCUCCAUCCAUCACCCCUCCAUCCUCUCGUCCUUCUCCCAUUCCCUCUCCUCGCACCCUCAGCCCAAUUUGGCUCCCGCUCCCACCGCUGCCCCUGAAAGUUACCCCCCGCAGGCCCGCUCUCCUGGAGGCGCGGAGAGGGAGCGAGCCGGAGAACGGGAGAGGGACAGGGACAGGACCGGACCUUUGACGGCGGAUCGAGAACGGGAGCGAGACAGAGAAAGGGAGAGAGGCGGAGGAGGGGACUCUCUUGGGAGGCUCCAGAUGCUGAACGUGACACCCCAUCAUCACCAGCACUCGCACAUCCACUCCCACCUGCACCUGCACCAGCAAGACACAGCAGCGGGCGGGGUGCACCCCCUGAUGGACCCCCUCGCUUCGGGGUCCCCCCUUGCCCGACUGCCCUACCCUGGAGCAGCCCUGGGUCCCCCCAUCCUGGCCCACCCCCUCACUGACAGCGAGGUGCUCCGGCAGCAGCUCUUUGGUGCGCCGUUCCGCGAGCUGCCCCAGCCCUCCUCCCUUUCCGGCCCCAUGUCCGCAGCUCACCAGCUCCAGGCCAUGCAGCAGGCCCAGAAUGCCGAGAUCCAGAUCCAGAGACUGGCGCUGGAGCAGCAGUGGCUUCAUCACCACCACCACGCCCUCGCGCAGGACGAGUACUACAGUCACCUGAAGAAAGAGAGCGACAAGACGCUGUGAGGGAGGAGAGGAGGAGGAGCCAGCUCUCUCCGGACACAUCGGAAGGAGGAAGGAGGAGUGUGCGCGCACAUGGGAAGAAGGAGCGUUGGAGGGAACAAAGAAGGCUAAGAAGCCUGAGCGCACCGACUGGACAGCGGCAAAGUCACGCAUUACCGGCGCAGCCGGGUGCACGGCAUGAAUAUCAAUGAGGAGGACAUUGAGAGCGAUGCCUAUUAGGACGAACGCGACAAGGGGAGACUAUAAUCUUGCAGGAUCGCGUUCCGGCGUGUCGCACCGAUCCGGUCGGGCUCCGGUCCACGAAGGCUUUGUAACAUAACCUGUACAUUAGAUGGGGGCCACAAUACAGUGUGUCAGUAUGUAUAUUAUACAUAACGUCGGAAAGACUGUAAAUAAAGUUUUUGUUUUUUCAGUGCAUGUAGCUAGAUGACGAAUUUUGACCGGUGGAAAUUUCGGUUCUUUUUAGUAAUCUCCACUCCAGCCGACAGGAAUUUAAAAAAAAGCAUGCUCGAGGCCUACGGUUAAGUGUCAUAUUAUUAUAAUUAUUAAUAGUGUUAUUCUUAAU